AUGAAGCGAGGUAGCAUAGUCAAGGUUACCUUGGAAACAGUGGCCACGAUUACUAAGCGAGAUGACGAUACAACGACGACGGCGGCUUUGCCCACUAUGGAUAUGCCAACGCUAGCCGAUCCCAAUGCAUAUACAACACCUUCGGUGUCGGUUCCGCCAAACAACGACAACCCUUUUAUCAUUAGACAACAUAAUCCCUCCGGUACGGUGUUUAUAGCUGUGGGAGCCAUUGUGGGACUGAUAUUGUUGGGGUUUAUACUCUACCAUUUGAUCCUAUCGCUUAGUGCCUCGAGGUUAGCCAAGCGAACUAGCGACCACGACAAGACCUUGUAUGAGAAGUAUCAAAGCAACAACAACAACGCCUAUGGCUUUGCCAACGUGACGCCAACGUCCACGUUUAACCAUUUCACCAACGAGUACCCCGGUCAUACCACAGCGCCGUCUAUUUCGAAAUUGCCGUUGUUGAGCCGGCCCGGCGCCAAUUUUGGCACGUCGCAAUCGGGAGACGGCUCCACCAUCUACCAGAGUGACAUUGCCGCUGGCGCCACGUCCAAGCACGAUCUCACCAAGAUGUUUAUCUCGCCUACGGCCGAAGUGAUGCAACAAAAGAGAUUCAAGUCGCAGUACAAUGCGUCUUUGACCAACUUGCCGUUUGGAAGCUCGGCCACAAACUUGGUGAACCCGUCGCCUGCUACAAACAGACAUUCGCAAUUGGUGCCAAACUUGUACAUCAGCGGUGAGGGCAACAAUAGCGAUUACUCCCUUGCUCAAAGUCAAGGUCCUCCUCAUCCAAGAUCACACCAGUUGACGCCCGAGCAGAAUGACGUUAGACAACAAUUGGAGCGAACUAAUCCCAGACAAACUGUACCUUCAAUGUAUCUCGAAGACCUUUUUGAAAAAAGAUAA